GUACAGUAAUGGCGUCCUCUAAGAAUUCAUUCAUCCAACUAUCAAGAAACUUCAUCACCUCAUACCCUCUCCCAAAACCAAGAACCAAAGGCCUCUUCACUCUUCUCCUCACUCUGCUUCUCGCCGUCUUCUUCUUCUCCCCACUUUCCAACAAAUCCCCAACCGCAGAUAUCUCCUCCAACAACCUCAUUUCUCACCUCCACUCCGCCUCCAAUUACAUCUCCUCUCUGUCUUCCUCUGUCGUUUCCGACGAACCCAGUUUCGUUUCCGGCGCCCCUCCUCCUCCUCCGCCUCAUCCAACCACUCACACCGGUGGCGUCACGUUUACGACGGUGGGCAGCGCCACCGUGAGGAAAAAGCCUGAAAUUGGCGUAACGUCCGAUCAGAACCGUUCAAAGAAUGAAUCUUGUGAUUUCUUUGAUGGGAAUUGGGAGAUGGAUGAAUCAAUGCCGCUUUAUGAACCGGGUUCUUGUUCUUUCAUUGAUGAUGCCUUUAACUGUUUCAAGAAUGGCCGGUCUGAUUAUGAUUAUUUCAGGCUCAGAUGGAAACCCCUCGGCUGCGAUCUUCCAAGGUUUGAUGGGUUGAAAAUGCUGAAGAUGUUGAGGGGGAAAAGGGUGGCAUUUGUUGGGGAUUCACUGAACAGGAACAUGUGGGAGUCAUUAGUCUGUGCUCUGAAAUCUGCUUUAGGUAACUCCAGCAAUGUGUUUGAAGUUUCCGGCCGGCGGGAAUUCAGGACUGAGGGAUUCUAUUCAUUCAAAUUCCAGGAUUAUAAUGUGUCGAUAGAUUUCAUCAGAUCACCAUUCUUAGUUCAGGAGUGGAAGUUCAUGAGCAAGGCCGGAAUCCGCCGGGAAACGCUGAGGCUGGACAUGAUUCAAUCCUCCUCCGUCAAAUACCAAGAUGCUGACAUCAUCAUCUUCAACACAGGUCACUGGUGGACUCACCAGAAAACUUAUAAAGGGGACAGUUAUUUCCAGGAAGGGAAUCAUGUGUAUGAUAAAUUAGAAGUGAGAGAUGCAUUCAGCAAGGCACUAAGAACAUGGGCACAAUGGGUUGAUUCCAACAUCAACACCACUCAAACCAUGGUGUUUUUCCGUGGAUACUCUGCUUCCCAUUUCAAGGGAGGACAAUGGAACUCAGGAGGCAGUUGCGAUGGAGAAACACAACCAAUAGCAAAUGACACUUACUUAUCACCAUAUCCAUGGAUGAUGAGGACACUGGAGAGUGUCAUUCAGACAAUGAAGACUCCAGUGCACUUCCUGAACAUAACAAGGAUGACAGACUACAGAAAAGAUGGUCAUCCUUCUGUGUUUGGACAAACAGAAGAAUUUAGGAGGCCUGGAAUGGUUCAAGAUUGCAGCCAUUGGUGUCUUCCUGGCGUUCCUGACUCUUGGAAUGAGCUUCUCUAUGCCAUUUUGGUUUCAUCCCAGAAAUGAUUUGUUUUUCUUCUUUUUUUUUUGGGAACUUUUCGUUCCCUUCUGAUGUAGGUCUCAUUUGCUAAUUGUUGUAUGGCUUUUAGCCACCAUCCUGUAGUUUUUAUAGGGUCCUGUUCAGUAGUACUAAUUGGUAAAGAGAUUCAUUUUGUAUGACAUUUUGAUCCCAAAUCUGG